AUGCAUUUUCAGGGUACACUACCAAAUGGACAAUAUAUUGCAGUGAAAAGGCUCUCCAAGACUUCUGAUCAGGGUGACGAAGAGUUCAAGAAUGAAGUUGUGUUAGUUGCUAGGCUUCAACACCGGAAUUUAGUCAGACUCCUAGGCUUCUGCUUGGAUGAGAAUGAAAGACUUCUCGUAUAUGAAUACGUGCCCAAUUCAAGUCUUGAUAGAUUCAUAUUUGAUCCAACCAAGCGUGCAGAGUUAAAUUGGGAUCAACGUUUCAAAAUUGUCCAUGGCAUUGUUCGUGGCCUACUAUAUCUUCACGAAGAUUCUCGUUUAAGAAUUAUACACCGCGACCUCAAAGCUAGUAAUAUUUUGUUAGACGAAGAAAUGAACCCCAAGAUUUCAGACUUUGGAAUGGCAAGAUUGUUUGUGAUUGAUCAAACUCAAGGCAAUACAAGUCGAAUUGUGGGGACCUAUGGAUACAUGGCACCAGAGUAUGCGCUUCACGGAAUCUUUUCGGUCAAGUCUGAUAUUUUUAGCUUUGGAGUGUUACUUUUGGAGCUGGUGAGUGGACAAAAGAAUAGUUGUUUUCGGGAUAUUGAAGAUAAAGAAGAAAGCCUUUUAACCUAUGUAAGUGCAAAUACGAUUCCUUUAUAUUUUUCUUAUAUAUACGCUACAAUGUAUGGGGGUAUAAUUACAGCAUAUCGUGUACAUAUAGUGUAA